GACAGGCGGAGAACCACCCACACAUUCCCCCCAGUUUCAGCUUCUCCGGGCCAUACCAUAUUUUAUCCCGACAACCUCAGCCUCAAAAUUGCAUCCUUAUUUCCUUUCUUUCUUCAUUUCCCUCUUCCACCUACACGCUCACGCUUCGCUUCUAUAUUUGGGUUGUCACUCUGCAGUACCCUGAACAUGUUCUACCUCUAAUUGACAAAGUUUCAAUCUGUGAAGUCGAGGUAUCACAACCUUGUUAUUUUAUCAAGGGCAGUAAUAUAUUGCUCUUAUUUUUUUGUUUUGUUUUCUGAGGUUUUUCGUUUUUGGGGAGGUUGAAUCCUUUUAGUGGGUAUUUCUUCCAAUUCACUGAAAAUCAUACAGGGUUUAGGAUGAGGAAUUGCUAGGGGCGAGAAUUUUUAGAGCCUAUUCCAUUGUUGUUGGGACUUCAAUGCUUAUAAUGGUGGGCAACGCUCAAGGAGCAAUGGCUUCUCUUUCUUCCCCUGUCAGUUUGGGAGGUCUAGUUGGAGUGAGUUCCUCUGGAAGGACCCACUCUACUGGAAGGAGAGUUUCUCUUUCUGGAGGGAGCUUUAAGUGUAGAAGGACAUGGCAUUGUGUCUCCUUGUCCCUUUGUAGAUAUUCAGCGACUACGACGGAUUUCAUACCUGACCAAAGCAAUGCAGUGUCCCUUGACUCUAACAGUGACAGAGGAAGUACAGGUACUGGAGAUAAUAAUGCUGGUUUUGUCCUUAAGCCACCUCCAAAGCCUGUAUUGAAGUCUUCAGAGACCAAGGGUAACUCCAUUUUAGGUGCACACUCUGAAGGGUGGGAUCCCUCCAAAGCUAAGGAAUUUGGUAAUGAAAAGUUAGAUGAUGUAGAAGAGAGAAAUAAGGUGAUUGAGUCACUUGGAGAGGUGUUGGAGAAGGCUGAAAAGCUGGAGAGUUCAAAGUUGGAUGGCAAAAGAAAUAAUGGACCGGUAAGCAAACCAGCAAUAUCUAAUACAACCACCAAUCCUAAGACUGAUAAACUGGCAAACUCAACAACAAACCAGCAGUCUAGAACUGUGAAGAGUGUAUGGCGUAAAGGGGACACAGUUGCUAAUGUGCAGAAGGUUGCCAAGGAAGCACCCAAGCCUAAAACUAAGAAUGGAGGAGGGAAAUCUCAAACAGGGGGAGGAGGAAAGGUGACAUUUCAGUCGCCUACUCCUCCACGAGCUCCUCAGCCACCAUCAAAUCCUCAGCCUUUGUUACAGGCUAAACCAUCUGUAGCUCCCCCGCCCAUCAAGAAACCUGUUUUGAGGGACAAUGGAGCUGCUGGCACACCUGUUAAAGAUAAAGAGAGGAAGCCAAUUUUGAUUGACAAGUUUGCUAUCAAGAAACCAGUAGUUGAUCCUCUCAUUGCUCAAGCUGUUCUAGCUCCUAAAAAACCAGGAAAGGGCCCUCCUUCUGGAAAGUUUAAAGAUGAUUACCGAAAGAAAAGUGCUCCAACUGGGGGAGGACCAAGGAGAAGAGUAUUAGAUGAUGAUGUCGUUGAGAUUCCUGAUGAAGAUACAUCAGAACUUGAUGUCUCUAUUCCUGGUGCUGCAACGGCAAGAAAAGGCAGGAAAUGGAGUAAAGCAAGUCGAAAGGCAGCAAGACUUCAGGCUGCCAAGGAGGCAGCUCCUGUCAAAGUAGAAAUUCUAGAGGUUAGUGAUAAAGGUAUGCUGAUAGAGGAGUUAGCCUACAACUUGGCAAUCAGUGAUGGUGAAAUCCUGGGUUAUCUAUACUCCAAGGGGAUUAAACCAGAUGGGGUACAAACUCUGGACAAAGACAUGGUGAAGAUGAUUUGUAAAGAGCAAGGUGUGGAAGUAAUAGAUGCUGAUCCUAUCAAAGUUGAAGGAUUGGUGAAGAAAAGGGAAAUUCUAGAUGGAGAUGAUCUUGGCAAACUCAAAGAUAGGCCUCCUGUCAUUACUAUAAUGGGUCAUGUGGAUCAUGGCAAGACAACUCUUUUGGACCAUAUUCGGAAGAGCAAGUUAGUUGCUUCAGAAGCCGGUGGGAUUACACAAGGGAUUGGGGCAUAUAAAGUUCAAGUUCCUGUUGAUGGCAAAUUGCUGCCUUGUGUUUUCCUUGACACGCCUGGGCAUGAGGCAUUUGGGGCAAUGAGAGCUCGAGGAGCAAGUGUAACAGAUAUUGCUAUUAUAGUUGUUGCUGCUGAUGAUGGAAUUCGUCCUCAAACAAAUGAAGCCAUUGCUCAUGCCAAAGCAGCUGGAGUACCCAUAAUUAUUGCUAUAAACAAGAUAGAUAAAGAUGGUGCAAAUCCAGACCGAGUUAUGCAAGAGCUGUCUUCAAUUGGUCUAAUGCCUGAAGACUGGGGUGGCGACAUCCCAAUGGUUCAGAUAAGUGCUCUUAAAGGGGAGAAUGUAGAUGAUCUUUUGGAAACUGUGAUGCUUGUUGCUGAGUUGCAAGAGCUGAAAGCAAAUCCUGAUAGAAGUGCAAAGGGCACAGUCAUUGAGGCUGGUCUGGAUAAAUCAAAGGGACCAUUUGCUACUUUUAUCGUGCAGAAUGGCACCCUUAAAAGGGGAGAUGUAGUAGUGUGCGGAGAAGCUUUUGGAAAGGUGCGGGCUUUAUUUGAUGAUGGUGGAAAACGUGUUGAUUCAGCUACACCAUCUAUACCUGUACAGAUUAUUGGCUUGAAUAACGUUCCGAUUGCUGGUGAUGAAUUUGAGAUUGUUGACUCCCUUGAUGCUGCCCGUGAAAAGGCAGAGUCCCGUGCUGCAUCAUUAAGAAACGAGCGUAUUUCAGCUAAGGCAGGGGAUGGCAAGGUCACCCUUUCUUCUUUAGCUUCUGCAGUUUCAGCAGGAAAGCUUUCCGGAUUAGACUUACACCAGCUAAACAUUAUCCUGAAGGUUGAUCUUCAGGGAUCCAUUGAAGCAAUCAGACAAGCCCUGCGGGUGCUACCACAAGAUAAUGUGACAUUGAAGUUUUUGUUGGAAGCAACAGGUGAUGUUAGCACCAGUGAUGUUGACCUUGCAGUUGCAAGCAAAGCUAUUAUUUUGGGAUUUAAUAUCAGAGUACCAGGUUCUGUAAAAAGCUAUGGAAAUAAGCUUGUUGAGAUUAGAUCAUAUAAAGUUAUAUAUGACCUAAUUGAUGACGUGAGGAGUGCGAUGGAGGGAUUACUGGAGCCUGUCGAGGAACAAGUAAUGAUUGGCUUAGCUGAAGUAAGGGCCACGUUCAGCAGUGGUAGUGGUCGUGUUGCUGGAUGCAUGGUUACAGAGGGAAAAGUAUUAAAAGACUGUGGCAUUCGGGUCAUUCGUAAGGGAAAGGUUGUUCACAUAGGUGUUGUUGAUUCUUUGAGACGAGUAAAGGAGACUGUGAAAGAGGUAAAUGCUGGUCUAGAGUGUGGGAUUGGUUUAGAAGAUUACGAUGACUGGGAAGAUGGAGAUAUUGUCGAGGCGUUCAACACCGUUCAGAAGAAGCGGACCCUUGAAGAGGCUUCAGCUUCAAUGGCGGCUGCAGUGGAAGAAGUAGGAGUAGAGUUGUAGAAUCACAUGCUUCCAUAAGAUUGGCUCAUAUGUUUUGGACGGAGUGGGUUUGGCGUUCUAUUGAAAACCAUUGUUCUGUGUUUGUAAUGGUGCUUGACAUCGGUGAGUGAAGAGGUACCCAAGUCCCACGUCAACAUAUUUAUAUUCAAGGCGGGCUGCUGAAGAUCUGAGUUCGUAGAAUCAUAGUCAUUCCCAUUGUUGCAUACAAUAACAGUGUAUAUAACAGCGUACAUUAGAUUCAGUUUCUUGUAAAGAGGGAACUUAUCUUCAAGUCACAAGCUCACCAGCUUGGACUUCUUAUGUACUUGUAAGUUGUAACAACCACAUGCGUUGAGAAAGAAAAAUUAUCCAAUUUUUGAGUAA